AUGACUUUCACAAUCCUCUCAAAUGAUCAGGUCAACUCCAUCUUGGAGGGCCUGAACGUUGAUGAGCUUGAAGAGUUCCGCCAUGUACUAGCGUCGUCCCUUCACGAGUUCUCUACCGGAAUACCAGCUUUGGAAGAGGCUUUCCAGGAACCAGAACGUACCUCGACACUGCACCCAGAUACAAUGGCCGAAACCCUUUACAUGCCCUCAUGCGCGCCAUGUGGAAUGGGUUGCAAAGUGGUUUCUUCCACCAGCCCCGAAGCUCGUCAAUACUCUGAUGACACUGAGCAGCGUAGUCCGGUUGGCGUUGUAAACUUGUUCACGCCAGACGGAACACCACUUGGCAUCAUAAAUGCGACUACUCUGACAGCUUUUCGAACUGCACUGGCCUCAACCUGCCUCUUGGCACGCCGUAAUCAUGUCAAGACCUUGACUGUAUUUGGCAGUGGUCUCCAAGCCUACUGGCAUAUUCGACUUGCUCUCAUGAUGCGCGGCAAAACGAUCAAGCGGGUUCAUGUUAUCAAUCAUCGAUGGAGCGACAAUGCAACGGGAUUAUUGAAACGGUUCGCUAACAUCGACCCUGAUAUCAAGCAACGGGAAGGUUGGUCAGAUACUAAGUUCGGACUCUUGAUCCCCGCAUUCCACGAGUAUAAACGCCUGGUAAAAGAGCAAAUAAGGGAAGCCGAUGUAAUCUACUGUUGCACCACGUCACAAAAGGACCUAUUUGAUGGGUCCAUCUUGACGUCUCAUGAGGGCCGCAGGAAAGGAAGACUUAUCAUCGCCGUGGGAAGUCUUACGCCGGACCAUCGAGAGUUGCCGGAAGACCUGAUACAUCUGGCAGCCAAGAGGGACGACAAACCACAUCGACAUUUCCAUAAGCAUGCCAUCGAAGGUGGAGUAAUCGUUGUUGAUAAUAUCAGAGGAGUACUCAAAGAUGCGGGUGAAAUCAUAGCGGCUAAUGUUGGCCCUCACCAAAUGGUCGAACUGGGAGAACUGGUGAUGCUUCAUCGCUUGGCUAUAGAAGAGUCUGAUGGAUUUGCCAGCAGCCAGACAUCUUUGGCUUCGGAUAUGGAUAAGAUGGAUGUUAAUGGCAGGAGCUCUAUGUCAACCGUCUAUGGCAGUGGAAGCAAUACCAGCGAAACGCUAGCAAGUCCCACGGACUCCGUUGACUCCGAAGGGCGCAGGUCCGGCUCGUUCUUCCACUCCAGAAAGAGCUCCAGCAGCUCUUUGGAUAAAGAAAAGAGAAAGUCGGAAGAUAGCCUUUGUCAGUGGUUACGAGACGGCACCGUGGUGUACAAGAGUGUCGGACUAGGACUGAUGGAUUUAGUGGUGGGAACACAUCUGAUCGGGGUUGCAAACGAAAAGAAUGUCGGAACAAGGAUAGACGGUUUCUAA